UGGAUGUAAAGGACUGCAAUGUCUUCUGGUUGAGUUUUUCUAUCAGUGCACAUCGCAUAAUCAAGACAAUAAUUAAAUGAUAAACAAUUCAAAAAAAUAGAAUUAACACUCUGUGCUCGUAGAGGAAGUCUACAGUAUAAAUAACAACAAAGACUCAAUACGCUUGCAAAAUAACAAAUGUAGAGUAAGAGUUUUACAAGAACUACAUCCCUUCUUCAGAAUAUAUAAAACAUAGGUCUUCUAGUAUGUAACGAAAAUACAGAACAAGAAUAAGUGUAAGACAUACGAGAAUAUACAUAUCCUCACUCACCAGAGAGCAGUUAUAACCAUGAUUUUGCAACGUGGAAAAUUUAGGGCAAUACUAUCAGUAAAGUUGGUGAUAUGUAUUCUGUGCCAAACCAUGCCAAAAUCAGCCGAUACUACAGUGCUGGAUAUGAGACGCGAGCAGUUGACGAUACUAACAAAAAACAUGUUCGUGAAUUACACAUCCGUGACAAAUCUACGACUUGAUAGAAAUCAUAUGACAGAAAUUGAACCUGGUGCAUUUUCCGGUUUGAAUUCAUUGAGAUAUCUACGUUUGGAAAACAAUAAACUUACAAUUUUGAAAUAUGGCAUAUUCAAUAAUCUGACCUCCCUGAGACUGCUUUCUUUUUAUUACAAUAAAAUAACAGAGAUUGAGGAUGAUGUGUUUUUAGGUUUGAAUUCAUUGGAAACUCUAAAUUUGGCUUACAAUAAACUUACAAUUUUGAGAGAUGGGAUAUUCAAUAAUCUGACCUCCCUGAAAAAGCUCCAUCUUUCUAAAAAUGAAAUAACAGAGAUUGGGGAUGAUGUGUUUUCUGGUGUAAAAUCAUUGCAAUAUCUAUAUUUGGGUGGUAAUAAGCGUGCUAUUUUGAGAGAUGGCAUUUUCAAUAAUCUGACAUCCCUGAUACUACUCAAUCUUAAUAAUUAUGAAUUAACAGAGAUUAAAGGUGGUGUGUUUUCCGGUUUGAAUUCAUUGCAAUAUCUACAUUUGAAUAACAAUAAAUUAAAAAUGUUGAGAGAUGGCAUAUUCAAUAAUCUUACCUCUCUGAUAGGGCUCUAUCUUGGUUAUAAUGAAAUAACAGAGUUUAAGGGUGAUGUGUAUUCUGGUUUGAACUCAUUGCAACAUAUAAGUUUGGCUAGCAAUAACUUUACAAUUUUAAGAGAUGGGAUAUUCAUUAAUCUAACCUCCCUGGUAUGGCUCUAUCUUCAUAUUAAUGAAAUAAGAGAAAUUGAGGAUGAUGUGUUUUCCGGUUUGAAUUCACUGCAAAUUCUACAUUUGGGUGACAAUAAACUAACAAUUUUAAGAGAUGGCAUAUUCAAUAAUCUGACAUCCCUGAUACAGCUCAAUCUUCAUUACAAUGAAAUAACAGAAAUUGAGGGUGAUGUGUUUUCUGGCUUAAAUUCUUUGCAAUUUCUAAAUUUGGGUGGUAAUAAACUUACAAUUUUGAGAGAUGGCAUAUUCAAUGGGCUGACCUCCAUGGUGAAGCUCUUGCUUUAUAAAAAUGAUAUUACACAGAUUGAGUCAGGAUCAUUAACGAACCUUUAUAAUCUUGAAUAUCUUGAUCUUAGAAACAAUGAACUCCAAUCAGUACCAAGAGAUAUAUGUAGAUACAUGCCAAAAUUGACAAAAUUAUACUUGAUUGGAAAUAACAUUUCCACUAUAACAACUCAAAACCUUGAUAACAUCCAGGCAAUAAAGGAGUAUUGUGUUGCAACAAAUGAAUCGAUUCAAACAACACAAGAAUCGAUACAAACAACACAAGAAUCAAAACUGGUAACACAAGAAUCUAGACAAACAACUCAAAAAUUAACGCAAACAACACAGGAAUCUACCCAGGCAACAAAGUCAACUACCCAAACAAAUGAACCAUUCCCCCUUUCAUUUGAGAUUGGUUUAGCAUGUGGAAUUUCAGUGUCUGUUGUGUUUGUCAUUAUUCUCGUCUCUGUUAUCAUAUGGAGAAGGAAAACGAACCAAACUCCUAUAAAAUCUUCUGUGGAAAAUAAUCAAGAAUAUGUAAAUGAUGCUUUUAGUGAUAUGGAUAUUGCAAUGAACAGUAAUUCUCAAACAAAUGACACACAUAUAACUGCUGACAAUAACACUUCCGAGUCCACAUUAACGUCACCAUAUGAAAUGAUCAAUACGACUGACUCUGAUUAUGAAAAUACUUAUCAAACAAUUUCAAAUGACACAGAUUCAAACAUCAUUCAUAAUGAGGCAAACCAGGAAUAUGUUAACCAGGCCAUUGUAAAUGAAAGCAGUUCACGUGGAAAAUAUAAUGCGACCGACCAGGAUUAUGAACAUGUGAACUAAACAUCAAGACUGAUAUAGUCCAAGUCAGACCAUACUUGUAUAUAGGGGUUUGAAUAGCAUCAGACAUGAGUCAAUUUUCUCGGUUGUCUUUACCCAAAUCCCCCUUUGCUCUUAGGAAUGUUGCGUCUAAUUCCAUGUCGAGAUUAAACUUUCAAACGAGUUUGCCUACUGUUAGCUGCAUUAUAAACCAUUGCAUAUCUACAUGUACAUGUAAGCCACGUUUCUUUGAAACAGGAGGAUAUCAAAAUAAUGAUAUAUUAUGUAACAAGAUGAUUAUAUGUAUGUAUUUGAGAUAUGCGUACAAUUAUAUAACUUGAAACGAUAAUGCUAAACAAUAUGAUAUCAACAAUGAAACGAAUCUAAAGUUAUGAAAGUUAAAGCCGUAAGUGAGCACAGACUUGGCGUUCUUCAAGUCCAUUAUGUAAGUGCUCACAAUAAACAAAUGUAAUGUAAAAAUGUGCUGUUUAAUUGUAUCAUAGACUUUAAUAAGGUUUUCAUUACUUUAAUGCUGACACGUACAGUAGUUUGUAUUA